UUAGGCCGGCCUCUCAGGUGAAACUCAUUACAUGCACCUGUUAACAUUCCUGAGCAGCCAUAAGCACCACUCAUUCUGGAUUCCAGAUACUGAACUAUCCUGCCUCCUGGAUGCUUGCAGACAGCGUACGUCUGGGUUGUCUCCUGACCUGAUGUGAUACGUUUUACACCUACCUGGCUAUCCCCUUACCUGGAUCUGUACACACACACACCUGUCUGAGCUGUCCACCUGCCUGCAGCCAGACAGGUACACCUGCCUGCUCGGUCUCCACACCUGGAUCUGUACAGAAACCGCUCUCAGCCACCUGGGCCCCUCGCAGAAAAAAAAGGGAGGGGGGGACCACUUUGUUUUUGGAGCAUGGAAAAAUCCCUCCGCCACAUUUUGUUAUGCCUGGGAGCCUUGAACAUUGCAUCCUGCCAAAAAGCCGACCGCAUUGUUGGAGGACAAGAUGGAGAUAUUACGAGUUUCCCGUGGCAGGUCAGCCUGUGGUACAACUCGCAGCACGCGUGUGGCGCAUCUCUGAUCUCUGCGCAGUGGUUGUUGUCAGCGGCCCAUUGCUUCCCAGUAGAACACAGCAUUACAGAUUAUACGGUGGUUGUUGGAACAACGACUCUGACCAACCCCGGCCCCGAUGUCCAGUCGGUAAUGAUAGAUUCUGUGUACAAGAACCCGGCGUACACCCCUGAUGCCUAUUCCUGGGAUAUCGCUCUUGUCAAACUGAAGUCUCCCGUCACUUUCAGUAAUACCGUGCAGCCCAUAAGACUUCCAUCCGCCAGCGUCCAGUUUCCAGCCGGGAUGCAAUGCUCGAUCACCGGAUGGGGAAAUACUAAACCCUCAGUUAAUCUCGGCGGCCAGCAGACCCUGCAGGUGGGAAAAGUCACUAUCAUUAGCAGGAGGACGUGCAGCUGUCUCUAUGGCAUCAACCCUACGCCCGAAACACUGACCAUCCAGGCCGAUAUGAUGUGUGCCGGAACAACAGACGGCUCCGUCGAUGCCUGUCAGGGUGACUCAGGCGGCCCCCUCUCCUGUUACACGAAUAACAACUGGUACCAGGCCGCAAUCGUCAGCUGGGGCGACGUGUGUGGGACGCCUAACAGACCCGGAGUCUACAUCUCGGUCCCUGCCUAUAGCAGCUGGAUUGCGGGCUACAACACGGGCGCUCAGAUUGAUGACUUUGUGGUCAACACGCCUCCGGUGGCGGAUGGUGAGAGCGGCUGCACCGGCGCAGAUGGUGAAAUCUACCCUUACCCUAAUGGUGCCACCGUCGUCCUGGUCACCUUCGCCGCCCUCCCUCUGUAUUGGCUGACGGCUUAUCUGCUGACCGAUUUAUAGACCGUUUGCACUUUGUUCUCGAUCCAGGUCUUCCAACGUCAAGUCUGAGGUGAUCUUGUUAAGACUAGAUUUCUCCUUCCUGUAAUCAUACUGCCCAGCUCAAUCCAUAGACCCAAGUCUCCAACCUCUUACUGCCCAACGUGUACAGACCAGCUUGGGGCAAGAGGUCUGUCGCUCCACGUGCUGCCGCAAAGACAACCCCAGGAGUGGGAAAUGGCUCUCUACCUAUGCUGUAUGUAAGGGACGCGUCCUCGUUGCCAGGACAGGUUACCAGCAAGACGUCCUUAACCCUACAAUGCCAGCUCCUGAUCAGUCUCCAGGCUUCCCCGUUCAAUAAUAAAACACCCCCUCUCCAGUCUGUAAUUACUGGUAUUUUAAUGAUAAAAGCAAUAUGUGCCUUGUACUAUCCAUGGUUCCUAGUGCAUGGAUAUGCCAACACGUUUAUACAGGAGCGCAAUGGGAAGUCUCCCAUCAUUAGAACAUUACUGUCUCCGCUAUGGUCUUCUCUAGUCACAGGGAUUUUAGGAUAACCCUUCUAUGAUCUAUGGGGCUAUUAACUCUGUAGAAGACAGACAGACCCCUCCGAGGCCAGAGCACAGUAGAGUUCUAGGACCAGGUUCCAGAGAACAAUUUCAGAUUUUAGGCUACACCAGGAACACAUUAAUAUAUUUUUCUAAUGAUUGUAUUUAGGCUAUAAUGAUGCCCUUUUUUGAGAGAUUUUCUUUAAACCGGUUUAGCUUAGAUGCAAAUAUGCUGUAAAUGGGAUUUCAUUAAAAAUCUGUACUUGGAACAGCAAGAUUCCGGCGACCCUUCUGUAUUCUGAUUUCUGGCACGCAGGUGUCCAAACACUUCUCCACAACGGCUACACACAGAUUAGCGUUUCCCAAAUCCGGCCCUCUGGGACCCGCAGUCACGUUUCCCAGAUCCUCUCGAAGAAUCACACAGGGAAUAAUCAGUGUCGUCUUUCAGUGUGUAUCAGUCAGUAAUGAGCAGUUGGGACAACCGGAAAACAUGCCCUGUUAGCAGCUUCGGUAUCCCAGACUUAUCAUUGGUAAAAGUAAAGCAGGGGAGAUUAUGUUCUGUAACCAUUGCAUAUUUCCACUUUUAGAAAUCCUGCUUAAUUCAGCACUGACAGUCGUAACGCAGAGUGGUUGUCGGUUCCGUAAAAGACUCGUUUGCUCUGGUUUCUUGUAAACUGGAGCCAGUUCCUGCGUUUAGUGUCACAGCUGCAGCGGCGGCACCUUAUCAAAGAGGGGACCGUGGAUUGCCGCAUGGAGCUGGUGGGGCUUACAGCUUCUGGAAUCCAAAAUCAGGACUUACACACCAGAAAUCCUCUAUUAUAAUACUAUGCAUUAAUACAUGAAGUGAUAAUGCGGGGUUAGGAGAUGAUUAAUAUAAUGCAUUCUCUUAAGUUCAGAGACUGUGAAUGGAUUAGCAGAAACACAACAGGUGAGUGUCCUGGCCUGAUAAAUAGGGAGACGGGACACUUAGAAGCAAUCCUGGCGUCUGCAGCCAAUGUCAGGCUCUUAGAUAAUAUAUUUUUGAAGACAUUACUAACAGUACCCAGAGGAGAGUAAUAAUAGCACAUACUACACUUAGCGACUCAGUCCCAUCUAUCCCCAACGACCGCUGUAAAUGAAGAGACUCUGCGUUCAGACCAGGGUAACAUUUAUUACAUGUAUCAGGGGAAGAUAUUUCCACGGCUACCAGUAUAACGGGAGUAUUAGCGCUCUUCCUGCGUUACACAUCCUGGACCGCUCUCCCAGUAAUCCCGCCACACGCAGGGGCGCUGGGAGACGGCGCUCAGUAUUUCUAACUCUGAAAUCUUUUCAUAAGAAAAAAAGUUCUUUUGUAAAUAAAAAAAAGUCUUGUAAACAGAAAUAAAACGUUUGUUACUCUCUA